CUCCUCCUCCCACCCUCCCCCUCUCCUCCUCCCGCCGUAGCGAGCGAGCGAGAUGGCGGCCGCCGGGGCUCUGGCGAAGCACGAGCAGAUCCUGGUGCUCGAUCCGCCUACCGACCUCAAAUUCAAAGGUCCCUUUACAGAUGUCGUAACCACAAAUCUUAAGCUACGAAAUCCAUCAGAUAGAAAAGUAUGCUUCAAAGUGAAGACCACAGCGCCUCGUCGAUACUGUGUGAGGCCAAACAGUGGAAUUAUCGACCCAGGAUCAUCUGUAAUUGUUUCAGUAAUGCUGCAGCCUUUUGACUAUGACCCAAAUGAGAAGAGUAAACACAAGUUUAUGGUACAAACAAUCUAUGCACCACCAAAUAUUUCAGAUAUGGAGGCAGUGUGGAAAGAAGCAAAACCUGAUGAGUUGAUGGACUCCAAAUUGAGAUGUGUGUUUGAAAUGCCCAAUGAGAACGAUAAACUGAACGAUAUAGACGCAAGCAAACCCGCUCCAGUACAGAAUACAUCUAAGCAGGAUGGACCGAUGCCAAAACCACAUAGUGUUUCACUUAAUGAUACUGAAACGAGGAAGCUAGUGGAAGAGUGCAAAAGACUUCAGGCAGAGGUUAUGAAGCUGUCAGAAGAAAAUCGGCACCUGAGAGAUGAAGGCUUGAGGCUCAGAAAGGUAGCACACUCGGAUAAAUCUGGAUCACCCACAGCUUUGGCCCUCAGAGAUAAUGGCUCUAAUUCUCUUCCAUCACUUCUUGUUGUAAUUGCAGCCAUUUUCAUUGGAUUCUUUCUAGGGAAAUUCAUCUUGUAGAAAGAAUGAGCAAGAGAAGCAUGCAAAAUGCAGCUUCUGUUUUUUUUUUGUUUUGUUUUGUUUUUGUUUUUUUCUUGGCCAGAAAAAAAAGAUUUGUUUACCUACCAUUUCAUUGGUAGUACGGCCCAAGUGACCAUUUUUGUGUACAGCAUCAUAACAGGCUUUGCCUUUAAUGAUCGCACGGUUAGAAAACACAAUCUAAAAAGACAAACUGUUUGGCUACUGGACAAAAUUGUACAUUAAGUCAUCAAUAGCAGGUGUCAGUUGCACAGUCAGUCCUUUAUGGAAAUUCAUAAAUAAAGAAUUGUUCUUUCUUUCUGUGGUUUUAAUAAGAGUUCAGAAAUUGUUCAGAGUCUUGUAAAUGUUAUUUUAAUAAUCCUUUAAAAUUUUAUCUGUUGCUGUUACCUCUUGAGAAAUGAUCUAUUAGAUUGCUAAUCCCACUCAUUCAGGAAUAUGACAAGAGGUAUUCUGGGGGAAAUGGUGCCUCUUACAGUGUAAAUUUUCUCCUUACCUUACUUUGCUAAUAUCAUGGCAGAAUUUCUUUCUUAUCCCUCGUGAGGCAUUGUUGAGAGUUCUUCAUCCUUACAAUCCUGUCCCAUAAUAUUUAACAUUACGAAAGAAAUAAAAUUGUUAACAGAUUUUCUGCUGGGUAGCCUGUUUGUGUCUGUCAUACUUUUAGAAGGGGAUUCGUAACAAGUUCAUUGUUCAUAGCACUUUGCUACUUGUAACAAAUUUUGAAGUUUAUUUGCAUAAGUCUUUGGCUUAGACUGUUGUAAUUGAAGCAGGAAGAGGAAAAAAAGGUCUCCGUUCUAUUUGUUCAAAAAAAAAAAAACCCAACUAAAUGGUUUCUGGCUGCUUUCAGCUACGGAGAGGUUAAUUACCAAACUUGUUUUGGGACAGAAUAAUUUGGAUAUCCAGCAGGUACAAAUACCAGGCAUGAGUGUUAUCAGUAUAUCAGCAAUUUGCUUGCAGUGUGCGAGAGUGUAAUAAUCAACCUUCUGCUCCAUCCUUGGAUUUUUUUGGGUGUCUUCCAGGAGCCAACAUUAUUCUCCUUUGAUUUCUUAAGGGUGCUUAAUUCAAAUGUACCAACGUAGUGGGUUUGUAAUUCCACUUUAGUAGAUAAUCAGAAAUGUAAUUUGAAUGAUUCAGACACCCAUGAUGAAUUCCAUGAUGCAGAAGAGUUGGUAUUUGCUGAGUGAGCCUUAGUUGCUCACUUCUUGAAAACAAGUCAUUUUAUGCAACUCUUGGCAGACUUACCCAUGUUAACCAUGUGUAGCUACCUUUUAAAGAAUGCGUUUUGGGGGUCUAAAAUGCUUCCCUGCACUUAAUCUUAAGUCUUGCCUCAUCUUCAAAUAUGUCCUAAAACAGUCAGUAGUAAUGAAACAAAAUAGCUCUACUUGUAACUAAGCGUAAUCCAAUACAGGGAAUUACUCGUAAACUGAAAAAUUAUGGAAGGGAUGUACUCCUGUAAGUGAAAUUGUGUAUGCUUUUGGACAGCUUGACUUGAUGUGGUGCAGCUAAGUGUGUUAGACCUUGGUAUAUGCACACGUUACGUAGCUGAGAAAAAUGUUCUAGAGAAGAUGUAUGUUAUCUUGGUUGCCUUUGAUUUCUAGUGCUUUUUUUUUUUUUAAGAAUACUAGAAUUACGUCAUGUUCUGUCAUUUCUGUCUGUGAUAAACUUUUUAUACAAUCUUGCAUACAUGCAAGGAAGAUGAUGAAAAUACAAACACUGUUUAUCUUUUCACUUGAGCAUGCAAGCACAGAUGUUUCCAAUUACUUGUUCCAGUAUCUGCAUUCAAGUCGCCUUCCAUCCCAGUGACUGGAAACACUGUUAAGGUCUUCAUUAUUUUGGUUCUGCUGGUUCGAAAUAGUGUAAUUCUCCCAGUUUUUUGUCUUUAAAUAGAACAUUAACGCAUCAGACUUCCAUAGCCUGUUCCAAACUAAGUAUGUUGAACGUAACGAAGGCAAUAAGUGUGCGGGAUGUAGUUUGCCUGAGACAGAGCAGUCAUUCCUGCAUAGAAGGAAAAAAAAAACAUUCCUUGGAGAUCUCAAAAUAUUUACAGCGUAGUGCGUGGAGGUUUUCAAGGGUAGCUUUCAGGACUUGAGAGCAGAAAAAGGAGUCAUCGCUCAAUGCAGCCAACAGGUUUUGAUGUCUGGCAGCAGUAAUGAGGUAAAAACAAGGAUAGAAUAAGAUGGAAAUGAACUAUUCUCAUAAAUACAAAACAGGUGGUCGUAGAACUUGGUCAUGGUUUGAGUAACGUCUUCAAAGUGAAAGUGUGCAGCAGUCUCAUAACCAGUGUACUUACCGAUGGUAUAAGGAGACUGUCUUGGUUUCCAGUAAUCCCUUCAUAGCUGUAUAUAAAAUGUAAUGCUAAAACUAUUUUGCUCUCAGGAGUCACUUUGGAUGAGAUCAACUGUAUUCAGUGAAUUCUGUAAUAUGGAUUAAACUGUUUGUGUUUGUUCCUGAAAUGGUUAGAACUUUUUGCUUUGUCUGCCUGCUUACUUGUGUAUGUAAGCAUGGGGAAAUAGCCUCUGCUGCUCCUAAUGACAAGAUCAGGUGACAGUGCCCGUGAAGUCCUGUGAGGCUAAAUGUGCAACUUCAGUUAAAUAUACAACACGAGUCCCAUUCUGGCUUUUCAGAAGGACAAGGUGGAGCAAGUAUACAGCAUCAAAGUAGCAUUUAAAGCUUUUCUGAACUCAUCCCUUUACAAAAGGGUAAUGUGAUUAUUCAGGUGAAGAAAAAGCCUUGUUAAAUAGAAAAUAGAACUUCUGUAGUAAUUCUGGGCACCAAAUCCAAUCCACAAUAAAGAAGUGUAUCUGUAUGAAAUUGAUUUUUAAAAAAGUUAUUUGCAUCAGUGCACAAUUUAUUUGUGCAAUUCUACUCAUCAGAGUAGAAACAGCUCUAAAAGCUGUUAGACUUUUAGAGUCUGUCGUUCAGGCUUGCAUGUUUUCUGCUGCUAUGAUUGAAACUGAUUUCCAUUUGAGAAGCAACCAAACAUUAGCUUGAAACGUCAUUAUCCUCUUGGAAGGAGAGGGGGUGGAGGGAGGAGGUGGAAGAUGACAUCUUGCAAAGGGGGAAGACAAAGUCAAUAAGCAAAACUUACUUUCCAGGCCUUCUUCAAAGAUAUUAAAAGCUGAAGUGUUAAUAAACCAUUAAAAACUU